AUGACGGCCGAGUGGCUGUCACAAAAGCUGUUUGAAAAACACAAACAUGGAUCUGCACCGAGCAGCGAUGGAAAUCCUGCAGCAUAUGACCCGCACUUCCCAGGCCUUGGGGGAGCCGAGGACAAGCCGGUCACCCAGGAUCAAUGUAUUCUACACUUGAAGCUACUUGCAGCGCUAGCCGACUUGCGUGCCACCGUCUCCGCAAUUGACGGAUUGUUCGGAAUAUAUGACUCUCAGGCUGAAAAGUUUGACCAAAGGACCCGGGCCUUGGUGCGCAUCAAAGAGAAACGCUGGGAAAUAUAUGUAUCCCGAGCAGUAGAUCGUUACGCAGAAUGGUGGACAAAGGUUGUGCCAUCUGGACAGCUUCCUACAGUAUUUCAAAUCCACUUUGAAUGGUCUGGUAUCAUGCAGACACACCAGAUGAGGUGGUCAGCAAGGGACUUGCCCCCGCUUGAUCAACCCCUGGCAGAUAUCCUCAUGGUUUGGCAUGCCCAUAUGCUCAACCCUCGUGCAUAUCUAGAGGAUUGCAUCCGAGCCUCUAAAAUGGCAUUAUGGAAUACCGAGUUUCCAUGGCAGUUAAUCGGCAAUGCUGUGAACCCCAGGAGUUUUGACUAUCAACCUGGGGAAGAGGCGGCGAGGAAGUUCACGGAGAUUACUGGGCGUCUUUGGGAUAAUAUGCAUGAACCCAUGCAAAAAGAACUUGAGUGUCUGAGAUGUUUGCGUCAUUUCAAUGUCCCAUGGACAACUGGAGAGAUUGGGUCCUCACCUGACUUUGCAUUUGGAAAAUGUACUGGAUACGCUGAUAAAAGUUUCAAGGCUUAUUGCAAGUGCGGAUUUGAGUAUAAUCAUCAAGUCAUGAGGGUCGCUCGGUUUCGUAAAGACGUGGAAGAUCUGCUGGCGUCUAGCCAUCCAAUGCCUGGCACUUAUCUGAAUCUAGAAGGUAUUCCCGAGUCCCUCGAGGAGUUCUCAUUUCCAAACGAUCUUAUCAAGGCUGGUGAUCGUGUGGUUUACAACGGUCUCAAACCUGGGGGAAAUGUGAACGACAUGAUUGGUGUGCGGAACCUGGUUGAAUCGCAGAUAAACGAUCCCUACAUAAUGCAGAGCAUCAAUGGUGGGACUAUCAAUGGAGCAAUGAAAAUAUUACUUACAAAAGAACAAAAAAUCGGUAUCCGGCGCAUGAUGUCUCAUUACUGGGAAAACAGUUCUAUAUUCGGACUGGACCUUGUUGGGGCUGUUAUCCGGCAGGGCGUAUUCAUACAAAAGAUGGAUAAUCUUGACUGGCUUCACUCACCAACGCUACCAACAACAAUGGACCGAUUGAUACGCAAGUACACGAUUUACCUUGAAAUUUUGUUCAGAAAUCCCGGUCAAAUGGCCGUACCAACACUGGAUAUUGAUCUUGCGUGGCACACGCAUCAACUAUCUGCAUUUCGAUACUACGCUUAUACGACCAGUCGAACCACACCUAAGACAUUUAUCAACCAUGACGAUAAAGUGAGCGAAGGUAGGCUCUCUGAUGCGUUUGAAUGGACUAGCAAGGAGUACAAACGCCUCACCAACGGCGAGCUAUACAGCGAAUGCACCUGUUGGUACUGCGAAGCUACACGGGAGCCCAUCUUGUAUCCUGGAAAUGAUAGCAUACUAUCGUCGUCGUCAACAAGGCACUCGCGGACGCUAGCCAAAGGUUUACGCGAUGAUCCACGGAUCUCUUCGGAGCCGGAUAAAAGUCCACAUAUUUCGACUCACAACGCUGUUCGAUCCAGCACCGAGACCAGCUUCGAGAAGGAAAUUAGAAGAGAGCGUCUCCGACAAGCGUGGACCAAGGCAAUUCGUCGGGCACAUAAACACAGACGCACGGAGGGAGAUGCAACUGGGGAAAUGAUGGUAUGGGGCUAUCCCUAUCGUAAUCGGCUCUAUGCACCGUACAUGGUCGACCCAAGCAUCAGUGUCGGCCCUUACCCGAGCAGUCCGGGUUUGCUGAAUGCCAGUAUGGGGGGAUAUGGUGACUGUGCGGCGGGCACGUGUGCCAAUAUGGUGGCAGCAGGUGAAUGCGUUGCUAAGAACGGAGGUCCGGAUCAUGGAAGCUUCUUUGAUAAUGUCGGCAAGCUUGUUGAUGGUUUGGAUGAUGUCCUUGAUAUCUUACCCGGGGGUGAUAAUGGUGGUGGUCAUGGUAAUUGUAGUGUUGGAGGUGCAGUGUGUGGAGGAGGAGAUGGAGGAGGAGGAGGAGGAGGAGGAGGUUGUGGUGGAAGUUAG